GUGAUUUGUGUUCAGGUGCGACCGGUGGGCUACGAUGGCAACAACCCCACGUCAGUGGCCGAGUGGCUGGAGUCUCUGGAGCUCGGCGACUACACAAAGUCUUUCCUCGUCAACGGCUACACGUCCAUGGAGCUGGUCAAAAAGAUCUGGGAGAUUGAGCUGAUCAAUGUGUUGAAGAUCAACCUUAUUGGGCACAGAAAGCGGAUCCUGGCAUCACUGGGGGACCGGCUACACGACGACACGCCGCAGAAACCUCCGCGGGCCAUUUCCUUACGGGAGCCUGGAGGAAACCACACUCCUCCCCAGCUCAGCCCCUCGGUAGGCCAGGCAGCGUAUGCGGCGGGGGUCCCCGGCGGAUCUCUGGACGUGCAGCACCUCAUUAUGCAGGCGGACGCGCGGCGCAGGCAGCGCAGCACCGAGAACUACUUUGACGACGUGCCGCGAUCCAAGCUGGAGCGACAGAUGGCUCAAGUCAGCAUGGCUGGCGAAUGGUGCGAGCCGAUCACAUUGCGUCCGCCCAACGAGGCGACAUCCUCCACUCCUGUUCAGUACUGGCAGCAUCAUCCAGAGAAGCUCAUCUUUCAGUCCUGUGACUACGAAGCUUACUACCUGGGCUCCAUGUUGGUGAAGGAGCUGAGAGGGACAGAGUCCACACAAGAUGCCUGCGCUAAAAUGAGGAAGUCGACAGAACAGAUGAAGAAAGUGCCGACCAUCGUCCUCUCCGUGUCCUACAAGGGAGUGAAGUUCAUCGACGCCACCAAUAAGGUAACAGCGGAGCAGAGAGACAACAUAGAUAAGCAGAUUGAGAGACAGCAGAGGUCCGCAGCUCGGAACCACGGGAAAGUCAAGACUCCGCGCCGCCAAGAAAAGGACAAGAUCCGAUUGCCACAGCCCCGGUUCCUGAUUCUACCAUCGACCCUGCCUCCACCCAACGAUCGCUAA